UUGAUAAACAGCAUGGAAGAGAUUACUUUUGGCCAGUUUGUCAUCGGAGCUCCUGGUAGUGGAAAGACAACAUAUUGAUUUGCCGUUGAGCAGUACCUAACAGCAGUGAGAAGAGAAUAUACCAUCAUAAACUUAGACCCAGCUAAUGAAAAUAUGCCUUACAGCGAAGAGAAGAUCGGGUUAGAUAUCAACGAGUUAAUUACCUUAGAAGAUGUCAUGCAAGAGCACAAGCUGGGUCCUAAUGGAGGCCUUACCUUCUGAAUGGAAUUUCUUGAAGAGAAUUAUGAAUGGUUCGAGGAGAGAAUCAAAAGUUUAGGCAAUAAAUAUCUCAUUUUUGAUCUUCCUGGCCAAAUAGAGCUGUAUACUAACCAUUUCUCUUUACGGAAUAUUAUUCAGAAAUUAACUAAGUCAGGGAAGAUUAAUCUGGCAGCUAUUCAUAUUGUUGAUGGCAUCUGCCUGACAGACGCUACAAAGUUUAUCUCAACUGUGCUUCUAUGUAUGAAUGCUUCUAUUGGCAUGGAGAUGCCAAUGAUACAUGUUUUGAACAAGAUAAACCUUCUAGCUGACUUCCCUCGGCUAAGAUUUAGAUUAAAUGAUUUCUUAAACACUGAAGGUCUAAAGUACAUUCUAAUGUCUGAAGAGAAUGCAGAAAAGGUCCGUCUGGAAAGACUCGGCAAAGGUGCAGAAAAUGAAUACGAAUCCAUAAAGAAAGGUUUCUUUCUUAAAUACAAGGGACUCAACAGCUCUAUUGCUGAAAUAAUUGAAGAUUAUUCCAGUGUCUCCUUAGUCCCAUUCGAUCUGACUGAUAAAAAGUACAUGGCAUACAUAAUCGCACUGGCAGACAAAGCCACCGGAUUUAACUAUGCAGAUAGAUACUCCGACCUCGAACAAAGGCUCGAAUACGACAAGAUCAUCGAGUACAUGAGCUUCGAGGCUGCCGACGACCUCCAGGAAAAAUACCUGGACAAAGACAACGAAGACAUUCUCUAAACUUCCUCUCCUACAAAAAUUCCAUUAACAACCCCAUCUAAAU